AUGUAAUACAUUGUUAAAAAUGGAGAAAUACAAAGUUGAUGACAGUGUCCUUUACAGUCAGGACUCAUGCACACAUAUUUUCCGGAUUGACCAAUCCCUGUGCUUCCUCUGCAGAUUCGGAGCAUAGCACCAGCUCGGACACGGAGGUCUUGGCUGAGAGGACAUCCUGCUCCUAUGAGUCAUGUCCAGACCUUGCCCCAUCCCGGGUUCCUGAUCCCCAGGCCCUCUCGGUGUCUUCCAUGGACGAGAUUCAGGUGGAGCUGCAGUGUGCCGACUUGUGGAAGAGGUUCCAUGACAUUGGCACAGAGAUGAUCAUUACCAAGGCCGGCAGGUGAGCAGCCAUCAGCAUUAGAGAAAGUAUUAAAGAAUGCUCAUCACAAUCAGUAUGAUUCAAAACAUGUUCAAGGAGCUAUAUAUAUUCAUAUUAAAAGACCACUAUAGGCACCCAGACCACUUUAGCUCAAUGAAGUGGUCUGGGUGCCAGGUCCCUCUAGUUUUAACCCUGCAGCCAGGGCCGUCUUUAACGCGGGGCAAACGGGUCAGCUGCCCCGGGCCCAGUUGCUCCUGGGGGCCCAGAGCAGCUGCUCUGUGGACCCAGCGAUUUGCGCAGCCCCUUUGGACCGGGCGGUGCGGCUCCCGCACACUGAGGAGGCUCCCCGGGUGUCCCAUGCACUAAGGGCCACCCGGGGAGCAUGUGUCAGCAGGGGCCCGGUCGGGCGCUGUGGCGCUUAAACAGCGCGACCGGGCCCCUCUUCCGGUUCUGCAGCCGGCUGGGAGGAAGUGACGUCACUUCCUCCCACCGGAGAUAAUGGCCGCGUGGGAGGAGGAAGGCAGGGAGGAGGGGAGUUCCAGAGGAGAACUCCCAUCUACCUCAGCCUGCCACUGGACCAGGGAAACCACCCUCCAGGAAAAGGUAAGAACCUGGAGGGUGGCUAAAUGUAUGUCAGUAGGUCUAUCUGUGUGUGUAUGUCUGUGUGUGUGUGUCAGUAUGUCUCUGUGUGUGUGUGUCAGUAUGUCUGUGUGUGUAUGUCUGUGUGUGUAUGUUUCAGUAUGUCUGUGUGUGUGUCAGUAUGUCUGUGUGUGUAUGUAGGUAUGUCUCUGUGUGUGUGUGUGUGUGUAUGUGUGUGUCAGUAUGUCUGCCAGGAUAUAUUUGUGUGUCAGUGUAUGUGUGUGUCAGUAUGUAUCUGUGAAUGUUUUAAUGUCUGUCUGUGUGUAUGUGCCAGUACGUCUGUCUGUGUGUAUGUCAGUAUGUCUGUGUGUGUGUCAGUAUGUCUGUGUGUGUAUGUAAGUAAGUAUGUCUGUGUGUGUAUGUAAGUAAGUAUGUCUGUGUGUGUAUGUGUGUGUCAGUCAGUAUGUCUGUCAGUGUAUGUGUCUGUGUGUGUAUGUAUGUAUGUCUGUGUGUCAGUAUGUCUGCCAGGAUAUAUUUGUAUGUCAGUGUAUGUGUGUGUCAGUAUAUAUCUGUGAAUGUUUUAAUGUCUGUCUGUAUCAGCCAUUACGUCUGUCUGUGUAUAUGUCAGUAUGCGUGUGUGUGCGUGUCAGUGUGUAUGUCAGUAUGCCUGUGUGUGUGUGUCAAUGUGUCUGUCAGUGUAUGUGUCUGUGUGUUUUAGUAUAUCUGUCAGUGUAUGUGUUUGUGUGUGUCAGUAUAUCUGUUAAUGUAUGUGUCUGUGUAUGAAUGUAUGUAUGUAUGUCUGUGUGUGUGUCAGUAUAUCUGCCAGUAUAUAUUUGUGUGUAGUGACUGUGUGUGUCAGUAUGUAUCUGUGAAUGUUUUAAUGUCUGUCUGUGUGUGUAUGUGCCAGUACGUCUGUCAGUGUGAUUGCGGGUUGGACGUAAUUGGGGGGUGAGGCAGUGGCAGGGACAGGGCCCAUGGGGCCCAAGAAAAUGCAUUGCCUAGGGUCCUAAUCAUAUUAUAGACGGCCCUGCCUGCAGCUGAAAACAUAGCAGUUUCUGAGAAACUGCUAUGUUUACAUUAAGGCGCUAGAGGCGCCUUCUGCGAGCCUCACUGUGAAAAUCACAGUGAGAAGACGCUGGACGUCCAUAGGAAAGCAUUGAGUAAAGCAUUGAGUAAUGCUAUGGGCGGUUUGAAUGAGCGUGCGGCUCUUGCUGCGCAUGCGCAUUCAGAUCUGACAUUGGCAGGGGGAGGAGAGUUCCCCAGCACAGAGGGAGCCCGGCGCUGGAGAAAGGUAAGUAGCUGAAGAGGUUUUAACCCCUUCAGCCCAGCCGGAGGGCGGCCCUGAGGGUAAGGGGGGGGGACCUAAUGACCCUAUAAUGCCAUGAAAAUGAGUUAUAGUGCUCCUUUAAUCCUUGAAAAAUUCAUAUCCAAAACAUAUUGUCUUUUUUCAUAAAAUUUUGAUAAUUGAGCAGAAGACGGACAUAGUUAUGUAUUUAUUUCAUAUGUUGUGCCGCUGUCCAGGAGUGUCAUCAGGAUCAUUUGGGCUUUUUACCAAACAAUAAUGGUGGCAGAGAUCCAAAAUAAUGCAGAAGUCAUAACAUUGUUGUAAAAUAUAUCUGUUUUAUUAUUUUAACAAUCUAAACAUUGCGUACAGCACUCCCAUAAUAAACUAUAUUAAAAAAUGCAUGUACGGGUAAAAUAAACUCAAAAUUGCGCAAUACAGUUAGAAAACACCCACCACCUGUAGUAAAAUUAACCGACUAGUGUGGAAAAGUCAACCUAAACACAGUGGGUGAGCUGUAUUUUAUACUGAUAUUUUAUAGAAACAUAGAAUGUGACGGCAGAUAAGAACCAUUCGGCCCAUUUAGUCUGCCCAAUUUUCUAAAUACUUUCAUUAGUCCCUAGUCUUAUCUUAUAGUUAGGAUAGCCUUAUGCCUAUCCCACGCAUGCUUAAACUCCUUUACUGUGUUAACAUCUACCACUUCAGCUGGAAGGCUAUUCCAUGCAUCCACUACCCUCUCAGUAAAGUAAUACUUCCUGAUAUUAUUUUUAAACCUUUGUCCCUCUAAUUUAAGACUAUGUCCUCUUGUUGUGGUAGUUUUUCUUCUUUUAAAUACAGUCUCCUCCUUUACUGUGUUGAUUCCCUUUAUGUAUUUAAAUGUUUUUAUAAUUUUGUUAUUUACAUAUGUCCAUACGGCACUGUUUGGUAUUGCUCUUUACUCUGAGACUUUGAGAUUGCAUUGUCUCCUUUUUGCCAACAACUCAUUCUGGGAGACAGUUACACCAAGGCUCCCUCUGAAGAAUCAUAUCUAAAACCAUUAGAUCUACAAUCAUUUUGCAGAUAGUGACUUAGUGGCUGAUUUUUUUAUUAUUUUAUGCUGUGUUUGUUUUCUUUUUGCCAUUAUGUAUAUAAACUAUUAACCAGAAAUAGGAGCACUCACAGGACUUUUCUCCAAUGGAUAAUCAUCUUUUGUCCUGAGAAAGGCCUAUGGAGGAUCCGAAACAUCGGUCACAAAGGUAGUUGUCACGUGUUAGUGUGUAAAUAAAAGAAAAUUAUGUGAGUGCUGCUAUUCUUGGUUAAUAGUUUAUACACAGGCACCGAGGCAUCAAAGCAUGUGCCAGUUAGGUAGAGUGACAGUAAUUGUGUGUUAUAUGCUAUAUAUUUAAAAAUAUCAAAUAUGUCAAAUAAAGUAGGUCAGUGCAAUCCACAGAGCAAAUAUUAAAAAUGAAGAUAAUUGUGGAACCAAAUCCACAAACCUACUAACACAAUCCCUAAUUACUUGUAAAACAUAGAAAUGGUACGCAAGUUAUCCAGUAUACUUCAAAACAACGUAUCUUUUGAUUCAAAUAUCAAACAGAUAUAAUAUGAUAUAAAGACCGUGCUACGCACGAUGUGUCCCUAGAAGUGGUUUAUGUUACGGGGCACAUGUUGGCCUCCUGGUGUAGGAAUGAUAUUUUCUGUAAUUAUUCUGAUUAUUAAUGUAUCAUCAGCUUCUUAUACUGUCUCUUAGGAGGAUGUUCCCAGCCAUGCGAGUGAAAAUCUCUGGCCUGGAUCCCCAUCACCAAUAUUAUAUUGCCAUGGAUAUCGUACCGGUGGAUAAUAAGAGAUACAGGUAACUUUCUAGGGGUACAAUAUUAUUCCUUACAGGGGACACUCGGAGAUCUGGUUGUAAUAUAAGUUACAUUUAUCAUCACUGGGAUAUUGGGAACUAAUUAUAGGAAGUAUUAAUUACUAAAUUAUUUAUAUGAAAUGUAAAUGAAAAUCCACGCAGAGCUAUUUGUUUAUGAAACAUAAAUAAUUGCAAAUUUUGUCUAAAAACAAUUGAAAAAUAACAAUAGGCUAUUUUUCCAUUUAGGCGAUUUUGGACAAAUCUUUUCAGUUCCCUUGUGAAUAACCCAUCAUUUUGUUUUACACUCAGCACUGGUUUCCCCAUUGUACCUUCUAGUAAUUAUAUCACUUCCCACCCAGAUACGUCUAUCACAGCUCCAAGUGGAUGGUUGCCGGGAAUGCAGACUCCCCAGUUCCCCCGCGUGUUUAUAUCCACCCAGACUCCUUAGCAUCAGGUGACACUUGGAUGAGGCAGGUGGUCAGUUUUGACAAACUCAAACUCACCAACAAUGAACUGGACGAUCAAGGCCACGUAAGUUGCGUUUAUGGAUAAAGAGGCUGUGGGGUUUUGGGGGACUUGCUUUAGAAGCAACUAAUUUGUGUUUCUUUUCUCCUCAUCGAAUGCACCUAAGGGUCAGACAUUACUAGGAAUGAUUGAUUUGAGCACUUAUUUACUCGUAUGAUUGUAAGUUCAUUGGCAGGUCCAUGGAUAUACCUCAUAUACCUCUAAUAAGAUGCAUUGGACUGUACACAAACUAAUAAUUGAAUGAAAGAUCCAUAACCCGGGUGUAAAAAAACAAAAAAAACAAACACAGAUCAAAUUGCAACUGCAACAGCACAAUUCUUGUUACUCCCUGCCUGACAUAAGUCAAGAAUUAAAUACAUAAUGAAUUGAAAUAUCGCAUUAACCCCUUAAGGACACAGCUUCAGAAGCUUGUCUUUCACUUAAGGACACAAGCCAUUUUUAAUAAUACAUAUUAUAUACUGUUUUUUAAAGGGGUUUUCUCACAGUUUUGGCAAUAAUAUUGUGUACAUAAUUAGUACAACUUAAGAAAAGUCAUUUAAAAUAAAUUCAUUUAUUUGUCCUGAUUUACAGAGUACAUAAUAUGUCUACGAUUUCAGUAUACUUUUUGUAGUUACAGGUCACAAACUACAAGGAGUAAAUAAAAUUUCAAUGUGGAACAAUUCUAGAAUUUGGUAUGUUUGUCUUGUAAGCUUAAUAGUCUUCACAGAAAACAAAAUUGCAACACAAAAAUAUAUAUUUAUAUAAAGUAAACAUCUCAGGCUAUUUACCAUUACCAUUUUUGACACUUUUUACAUUUAUAUUAUAGUAAAAUUGUGUUUUUCAGAUUUUUAACAUACACAUAUAAAACAAGUUUUUUUUAAUGUGUAUUUUGUAAACCUGAUGUGUACAAAACCCCACAUUGUGUUCAGCUACAUCUUCUUUGUAAAACAAUACCCCCAAUGUAUGCCUUUGCCACUGUCUCGUGAAGUUACAGUGUCCUAUACGAGACCUUGCUAUUUCUGUUUCUACAGUUAGAAUUCUCAUAGAUUGGUUUGAUGGGCCUAUAUGUCAUUUUGGAGCAUUAUAGCAGUUUGACCAUUUAAAUAACGCCAUGCAGGCCUACCAUUUUUGAAAGCAGACACUCCAUGGUAUCUCAUAUGGUGUUUAUUGUGCCUAAACGUGCCGCAGUUUUUCACCAGUUUAUGUCAAUAUUUGUGGUAAAAUAAUUUUUUUACAUACACAUGGCAUUACUGAUGAUUAUUUUGUAUAUCGUAUGUGUGCCACUGUGAUAAAAUCCCCCAAAUUAUGCCCAGCAACAUCUUUUGAAUGAAACAAUACCCCCCACGUAUGACCUAGACAAUGUUUUGUGAAGUUACAGAGCCAUAUUAGAGACCACACCAUUUCAGCUUUUUACGUGUGAAUUUUCAUUGAUAAUAUUUUUGGCCUAUGUCUCAUUUUAGAGCAUUGUAGCAGUUUGACUGUUCAAAUUACCCCAUGAAAGCCUACCAUUUGUGAAAGUAGACACCCCAGGGUAUCCCAUAUGGUGUAUAUUGUGCCUUAACGUGCUGCUAUUUUUUCCACCAGUUUAUGUCAAUAUUUGUAGUAAAAUAAUAUUUUUGCAUUCUUUUACAUACACAUGGCAUUUCUGAUGAGUAUUUUGUAAAUCGUAUGUGUGCCACUGUGAUAAAAUCCCCCAAAUUAUGCCCUGCAACAUCUUUUAAAUAAAAUAAUUCCCCAAUGUAUGACCUAGACACUAUCUUGUGAAGACGUGACCAUUUCAGAUUUUAAGCGUAAAUUUUCAUAAAUGAUAUUGGUGAAGACACCUCAGGGUAUCACAAAUAGCAUAUUUUGAAUCUUAGUGUGGGACCAUUUUUUAGGUAGUACAUACCAAGUGUAGUGGUAAUAAGCAGUUUAUAUGUUUCUGCAUAAUUUGCAAUCCUCACGAGUGCUACGGCAGUAUAACAUUUAAAAUGUUUCUCAGUUAUGUCUUCUGAGUACAGCAAUACCCCAUGUGUACAUUUGACAUUUCAGUUUUUUUCAAACUCUGAAUUUUGAUGCUGGGUCCACAUCCUAUUUUGGAGCAUUUUAGCAAGUUGCUAGCCCAAACUACCCUACAAAAGCCUACCAUUUUUUUUAAAGUAGAUAUCCCAGGGUGUAUAUGGAUGAUGAAAUGGAAAGUUUGAGACACACCAAUUUCAUAUUUUUCAAAAGCGGAUGCAGGGCCUAAGUCUCAUUUUAGCAGCACAUGAUUGCAAAUUACCUCUCAAAGGCCACAUCUAUUUUUAAAUAUAAGCAGCUCAUCAAUUCAAAUUAUGAACAAGUGCAUACUAUUUGCUGUGAAAGGGGAAAUAUUUGGGGUAAACUCAUCAGGGGGUAGUAACCAGUCAUCUGCAUCAUGGGCAACGCUAGGGGAAUCAUGUAUUUCUGCUGCAUUCGGGCAAAAAUGAAUCGCCGCUUAAACCUGCGUCAAACUCUGCCUGUCACCUCUGAGUCCACUGUCAGAAUUCUGAAAGCCUCCUCGGCACUGAACUUCCUAAGCAUUUUGAACUUUUUACACAUGAACGUUAAAUAAUGUUAAUUUUUUAUAAUCCCUAACUUAAUUUAACACUAGAAGCCUUCUUGGCCUGAACGUCUUCAGCAUCUUUAACUUAUAAUAACUAAAAUGAUAUAAACUAUAUACAUAUUGAUACCCCCACAUGACUAAAAUCACACCCCAAAACCAAUCUACUUAUUUAUUUGGCCUGGGUGUGAAAUUUUUUAAAACAGUGGGCAAUACAUAGGCUGGGCUGAGAGGGGCAAUCAGGGCAGUAAUGUGGCGGAACCAACCCCGCCACUAUGCACUGGAGAAGCCUGGUUGCUCACCUGCUCCCUUUAGACUAUGGCCCUGCAGUUCAGCCCUGUUAUUUCCCCUACUGAAAUGUUUAUUAUUGGACCACCUGGGAAAUGGAGUGUGCCGUCAAUUGACCGCUGGGUGGCCUUUGUUCGUCUGCCGAACACGUGGCAGCGGCCUUUUUACCUCCCGAACGGCCAGCGGUGUUCAGCGCCCAAACUAUGGAACUGAAAACGGACACUUAUUGGCGCGAACACCGCUGAGCCGCCAGCCUUCUUACCUCUCCAUUCGGUAGCGGAACCGAAUGACUGUUCAUUUUGUAGUUUAUCCGGAUGAACAGCAUCACCCCAGAUAGCUAAGCCAUGGAGCCUAUUCGUGUAACGAAAGACUAUGUGAAAGACUUUGGCUCCAUGGCGAUUGAACUGUAUGUAUGUGAUCUGAGCGCCAUUUGGUUGUAAUGUGCGCUCAGAUCUAAGCUAUCUGGGGAUAGGUAGGAUGUAUAUGUUUUAUGUAAUAAAUGUGACUGUGUGUAAUUUAAUGUCUUUUACUGAAAAUGUGUGUAAUGGAGUUUGCCUCUGUCCUUGGAGAUAAUUGGAUUACUUCCCAAUUAUCUCCAGGACAGAGAGGAGAGAUUGUGAUGUAAUUGUGGGAGUGUUUAAAGGUGUAUGUAUGUGAUUGGCUAAGGGCCAAUAUGUUUCCCAGUUUCCCAUCUGGUCCACUAGGGGAGUGUCCACCAGGUGGGAUACCUGCAUAAAAGCCGGGCAGGUAGCCCGGUAAACCAGAUUCUGCUUAACCCUCAAACAAAGUGUCGUCUCGUUAUUGGGGGAAUUGGAUUGUAUGCUGACUGCCAGGAGUGUAAACAUUUCGUAUGGUUUUUCCUGUUCGGCUGCUUCCAGUAUUCGUGAGUUUCCUGUUCGGGAGUUGGUGAAGUCGUGUGUUUGCAGUUCGGGAGAUUGGUGCUUGCAGCAGCUGCCUGUGCAUCUGAGAGGGGAAUAUCGCCUAAACGGUUUUUAACCUCUUGUGGGCAAAUGGUCCGUUACAAGUAAUAACUGGUCUCAGCUCUUACGCCCCUUUUAUAACACACCCUGCACCUGUUCUGGGGGGGGGGGGUUCUUUUUGGGGGUUGAUGGAAUCCUGAAGUAGAAGUGACCUGCCUCCAUUCUCCUGCUAGGCUCCACUGAUGGUCCCCCUCUGUGGCACUCAAGCAGCCCAGAAAUUAGCUGAAACUGAAAUGAAAGAAAGGUGCAUUUCAGCUCAGAAUUUGACUUUUUAAAUAUAACAAAGGCAUUGUGGAUUGCCGUCUACAUUAUAUAUAUAUGGCCACUGUUUUGUACCAUGUCCUGGUCUUUUGCAUGAUCAAGUACGGCUGCAUCAGUUGAUCGGAUUGGGAAUCCUGUGCGACUCUCCCGAAUAGUGUCUUAAAGCAGGACAGCAUUUUUAGAAGUGGGAUACUAUUGUAAAAAUUAUCAUUAGGCAUGAUUAGGUCCCAGACAGUUUUCCCACUUAUUAGAUGGAAGUCCAAAUAUAUAAUAAGUCACAAUAAAAAAGGCCAAAUGGAAGGGUUUCACUUAAUCCAAUGUUAAGUAAGGUGCUUCAGCAAGGGUAUCUUUAUCCAGGUGAAUCCACUUAUAUGAAAGACAAAAGUGAAGGGAGCCAAUAUUGCAGUAUAAUCCCCGCUUAUGGGAUUUGCAGUUCCUAUCCGUCAGGAGAAAGUUCAACACUCGGGAAAGGGGGAAAUAAAAACAACUGAUAGUGCUCACUGUAAUAAAAUAUCAGUACUGAAUAAAUGAAAUAGUACUUACAAGUAUAGAGCGGACUAACCGCUCUUUGAUGUCAGUGUUGGUGGUAUAAUCCCCACCUAGGAUAUCUUGGAGAACAGAAUAAUAAAAAUGCCAGGUAAAAAAUAGUCGUGAGUACUAUUUUAUUUAUUUACUACCGGACUGGUCCUUAAGAGCUUCCCCAGCAUGACGGACUGGGUCCGUCAUGUGUCCUUAAGGGGUUUACAAAAGGUCUAGCUCUUUUUGUUUUUUUGCUUUUGUUUUUGUUUUUAGUUUGGAGAAUUUUCUGAACGUUUCUUUGAGUUAAUGUUAGUUUCACAUUUGGUUUUUACAGAUAAUCCUGCACUCAAUGCACAAAUAUCAGCCACGGGUCCACGUCAUCCGUAAGGAUUUCAGCAGCGAGUUAUCACCCACAAAGCCAAUCCCAUCCGGUGACGGAGUGAAAACUUUCAACUUCCCUGAGACUGUCUUCACAACUGUGACGGCGUACCAGAACCAGCAGGUAAGCCAUGGAUCCAAAUGAAAUGAUUUGGGACUUCCCAAAUCAGGUGUGAAAUGGUGUUGAUUUGAAAAGGUGAUUUUAAAUCUUGUGCCAACAUUGCCAAUCUAGAAACAUAGCUUUAUCUAUUUUCAUGAAUUUUUUUUUAGAUAUUUUGCUCUAGAAUGUUCUAUUCCCUUGUCAGUUACCCAUUUUCUGGAGUACUGAACACACUCCUUCAGUCCCACAGUUUUCUAUUCCCAAGUCCCCUACAUAUAUUGUUAUUCAGUAUCCAGAAAGCUUCUGAAUAAUUCUGCAAAUUUUUUGCCCAGAUUACGAGGUUAAAAAUUGACAGAAAUCCAUUCGCCAAAGGAUUUCGGGACUCUGGACGGAACCGGUAAGAUCUAAAGCCCUCUGCUACUUCAAAUUUGCCUCUUUUGAGGCAUAAUUUCCUUAAAUGUGGAACAUAAUAGGAAUGUGAUGUGAGAUGUAAAUACGUUAUAUUAAUCUAAAGAAUAGAAUGGAUGGUAUGACUGAGAGUGAAAGUUGUGGUUGACUAUAGGUAGUGAUGGUGACUGAAUGAUCAUCAUGAACUCCGGUAGUUUCUUGUGAAGCAGGAGGUAACAGCUGACUGAUAAGGUCAUUGGUAGAGGUAUGAAUUAUGUCAGGAUGGGUAUCAACCUCACUCCCACAUACUCAGACAUAUGAUGGGUGUAUGGAGUAUUACUGAACCUCUGGCCUUCCUAUCCCUGGUAGGCAAUAUUGGUUACUGCAUCUUUAUCAGAAACACUAUCACAUGACACCCAAGUCACUAACUAACCAAUCAGACACACUGUGUCACAUGCUACCCAGGGUAGUAACCAAUCAGACACACUGUGUCACAUGACACCCAGGGUACUAACUAAUCAGACACACUGUGUCACAUGACACCCAGGGUACUAACUAAUCAGACACACUGUGUCACAUGACACCCAGGGUACUAACCAAUCAGACACAUCGGUCACAUGACACCCAGGGUACUAACCAAUCAGACACAUCGGUCACAUGACACCCAGGGUACUAACCAAUCAGACACACUGUGUCACAUGAUACCCAGGGUACUAAUAAGACACACUGUGUCACAUGACACCCAGGGUACUAACCAAUCAGACACAUCGGUCACAUGACACCCAGGGUACUAACCAAUCAGACACACUGUGUCACAUGAUACCCAGGGUACUAACCAAUCAGACACACUGUGUCACAUGAUACCCAGGGUACUAAUAAGACACACUGUGUCACAUGACACCCAGGGUACUAACCAAUCAGACACACUGUGUCACAUGACACCCAGGGUACUAACCAAUCAGACAAAUCGGUCACAUGACACCCAGGGUACUAACCAAUCAGACAAAUCGGUCACAUGACACCCAGGGUACUAACCAAUCAGACACAUCGGUCACAUGACACCCGUUAGAUCCACACUUGGCUGUUGAAUGAAGCAUUUGUUACUUUGUGCAUCAUUUUCUAAUGUUGUUUAAGUAUAAUUCAAUGGAUACUUUUCGUAGAAGUGAUUUAGCUUCCUUGCUGAAUAGAAUGAAAUGUACUUUAUGAAUGAGUAAUAUUCACUUUGGAAAACCAAAGCAAUCCAUUGUGCGCACUGUAACGCUUGCGAUUAUUAAUAAGUAGAGACGUACGAAUAGCCAGACGCUUUUUAAAACACCCGUGGUCUGUUUUGUUUCACUUGAAUUAGUACGAGGACUAGAAGAAAGGGUUAAACGGAAUAUGUCAAAUUCAAUUUUGCUGUCUCCUCUGAGAUAGGAAGCAGAGUACAUGGAGCAGAAAGUCAGUCUAUAAAAACCGUCUAUAAUUGCCUGCAGCACUCCUAAAAUAACCUUUCAGUGUAUCUGCCGGCUCCACUAGAAAGGCUGCCGGGUCUAUAAAUACUCACAUAGUAAAGUAUAAAGCCCUGCUCUGCUCGGUGGGUAAUAAAGUGCUCUUCUAAAAGGCACAAUAAAGUUCUGCUCUACAAAGAAGAUAAUAAAGUUCUGAAAUAUGAGCAGUCGCACACUGCGCUCUGCAAGACUGACCAAAAAUGCUCUGCAAAAUGGUCCAAUUGUGAUCAAAAUUGCACUACUCUGCAAAUUUGUCUAAAGCAUACAGCCCUGCAAGACUGGAGAAAAGGGUUCUGCUAUUUAAGAUUGUGUGAAAGCAUUGUGUUUUUAUAGACCUGCUGAUGAGGUUCUAUUUUGAAAUAUUCACAAAAAUGUAUUCUACAAGAUUUUUGACAAUGCUUGGCCCAGCAAAAUAGACUGGAAAAGAAUGUUUGGAAAUGUGCGGCCCAGCAAGACCUGGUUGAGCACAUUCUGCUUUGUAACAACAUGAGGGAACUGAGACCUGCUCUGCAAAAAACAUGAGGGAACUGAGUCCUCCUCCCCAACAAAAUGGAGUUACUGAGUCCUGCUCCGCAACAACAUGGGGGAACUGAGUCCUGCUCCGCAACAACAUGGGGGAACUGAGUCCUGCUCCGCAACAACAUGAGGGAACUGAGUCCUGCUCCGCAACAACAUGAGGGAACUGAGUCCUGCUCGGCAACAACAUGAGGGAACUGAGUCCUGCUCGGCAACAACAUGAGGGAACUGAGUCCUGCUCCGCAACAACAUGAGGGAACUGAGUCCUGCUCCGCAACAACAUGAGGGAACUGAGUCCUGCUCCACAACAACAUGAGGGAACUGAGUCCUGCUCGGCAACAACAUGAGGGAACUGAGUCCUGCUCCGCAACAACAUGAGGGAACUGAGUCCUGCUCGGCAACAACAUGAGGGAACUGAGUCCUGCUCCGCAACAAUAUGAGGGAACUGAGUCCUGCUCUGCAAAAACAUGAGGGAACUGAGUCCUGCUCUGCAAAAAACAUGAGGGAACUGAGUCCUCCUCCCCAACAAAAUGGAGUUACUGAGUCCUGCUCCGCAACAACAUGAGGGAACUGAGACCUGCACCGCAACAACAUGGGGGAACUGAGUCCUGCUCUGCAAAAAAACAUGAGGGAACUGAGUCCUCCUCCCCAACAAAAUGGAGUUACUGAGUCCUGCUCCGCAACAACAUGGGGGAACUGAGUCCUGCUCCGCAACAACAUGUGGGAACUGAGACCUGCUCCGCAACAACAUGGGGGAACUGAGACCUGCUCCGCAACAACAUGGGGGAACUGAGUCCUGCUCCGCAACAACAUGAGGGAACUGAAACCUGCUCCGCAACAACAUGGGGGAACUGAGUCCUGCUCCGCAACAACAUGAGGGAACUGAGUCCUGCUCUGCAAAAAACAUGAGGGAACUGAGUCCUGCUCCGCAACAACAUGAGGGAACUGAGUCCUGCUCCGCAACAACAUGAGGGAACUGAGUCCUGCUCGGCAACAACAUGAGGGAACUGAGUCCUGCUCCGCAACAAUAUGAGGGAACUGAGUCCUGCUCUGCAAAAACAUGAGGGAACUGAGUCCUGCUCCACAACAACAUGGGGGAUCUGAGUACUGCUCCUCAGCAAUCAAUAAAACUGUUUGGCUCUACAAGAUUACUUGAAAAGGUUCUGCUGAGCGUGGUUAGCUAGGUUGGGUUUGUUCUGUAAAGUUGACGGUAAAUUCUUUAGUUUUUCUUUAAUCACAGUUAAGAUGUGAGAGUGCUCCACAGCGCCAGGAAGCUCCAGAUGCUAUGAACAACUGUUGGCAGAUAAAAUAAAUUUAGAAUAUUUUACAAAAAUCACAUUUCAAGAUUCCGCCUUUAAUCUGCUGGUUUCCCUGCACAAACACAUUUCUCUCCAUCUGCCCAUGCGCGGGAUACAGUGUGGACAUCAGUUAUCUAUAAUGAGGUUUAAUCUGCUCAGCACUGGGACAUCAUUUAACAUGUUCUCCGGAAAAUGCCAAGUUCACAAAAACACAACUGAAAGAAUCUUUUAAAGUGAGACAAAUUACCGAGUGAAAAAUGCUUCCCUUGUCAGCUCCAAUCAGCUGCUUCCAACACUGAGAUUAACCAGGCGUAAUAUAGACGCUGUCCGUGCUGUAUUAGCUCCUGUUUAAUAAUUACAUGAACUCUUUCUGUGUUCUAGCAGCAAUGCAGGCACUAAGUACAAACAUUGUCAUUGCAUUUGAAUUAUUCUGUGCACACAUUGCAGUUACUUACAAUCGAUUAUUAAAUCGAUUUUAUAUAUAUAUUAUGGGACCCAUGGGUUUGUAUUGGCUUUCCUUUUGCCUGAGAUCAAAGCUAAACUAAAAUGUGGCUUCUGGAGAGAUCCUGCACUGACAUUGACAUAAAUGGCUCCCCCACGAUGCUCUGGGUACACGUACGGAUAGGGAAAGCCAGCAUUGCUCACAGCAAUUAAAGCAUGCAGGAGGGAUAAACAAUCCAUACGUUACCCAGAUUCCCAUGAUGGAUACCGCUGUAACAGAUUGAAGCUGAAGCCAAGUUCUCCCUCUGAUAUGGUAUAUCACUGGGGACAGCUCUAUUUUGUAUCCUUCAAACUGAAGUAGAGAUGUAUAACAGGAGUGCAAUGGCAGAAUAAUUGCCAUUAGUAACACCGUCACAGUGCACAGGGCACAUGGAAAAUACCAUACUUUGAUUGGGCUGGUUUGUAUUUAAGUCAUCUAAGCUAAGACAGUUAUUGUGACGGACCGCCUGGCACCCUGACUGGGUACCUCCGUCAAUCGAUUGAUUUACAACGUCACAGACCAAUAACAAUAAGGUUACAAGGCAUGACACUCCCACACAAACAUACAAUCCCUCCCCUCUGCCUGGGAGAUAAUUGGAUCAGUAACUGUACUAAUUCUAAUCCAACUCUCUCCAAGCACAGAAAAAACAUACUUUUUAAAAACACCCCAAAAGUACCCUAAAAAUACAUAAAACCCCACAAAUGUUUUCAUCCCCUGAUAGCCCUGAUCUGGGUGACCAACAUAUCCAAAAAUUACCCAAAUCAGUUCAGGGGUUCAGGAAUUUCCUGGAAGUCAUUUAUUUGACCGACCGCAGGCAUGGUCCCAUGCCCAAAACAGUUCCAGAGAAUCAUUGCUUGCGGUCAGUCUAGUUCGGUAGUUUAAAAAACAAACAAACUACCGAACAGAGUCAAUAGUUCUACCCUGGAGCUUGUUCCCCUCAUCCAGAUGAAUGAUUUCACCGAACAGUGCCCUUCUAAGUUGUAUAGAAACAAACGCAGGCGACGAUGGAACUCCAAUGGUGUUCGGGGGUUUCUGUGUCCGAUUUUAGUUCCAUGAGAUUCAUGCCCAAACACCGCUGUCUGCGUUCAUGCGCACAAGAUGGCAGCCACCUCGUGGUUGUCCAUAGGAAUUGCGGCCACCCAGACGAACAAUUAGAACACUGCCGUGAGAAACGUUCCAAGUUGUUAAUAGGUGUUAACAAGCUUCAGGGUGGUCUCUGGUUCAUGCGGUUGUGCUGCUUCGAAAGUUCAAAGUGUGGCAAUACAAGUCCAAAAGUGCACAUACAGUGGUUUGUAAGCAAGGUUUAUCACAGGGCCCAUAGUCACAGGGCAGGAGGCUGGCAAACAGGCCCCUCCAAAAACUAGUGGCAAGGUUACUUUGGUCACAGUUAUGCUUCAAGUUCGGCUAUUUUUGCAGAAUUCCACCAAAGUAGAGGAAAAUGAAGGUUUUCUGGCGUGAAGUAGAGAGAUUUUCCUUUCGGAGUGUAAUAGGGAGAUUUUCUGGUAGGUUUGGAGUAGAGAGGUUUUCCUUUCGGAGUGUAAUAGGGAGAUUUUCCGGUAGAUGUAGAGUAACAAAGUUUUCCUGCAAACAUGAACUAACAAGGUUUUCCAGCGGGUAUGGAAUAGUGAGGUGCUACCAUAGAUGUGGAAUUGUGAGGUUUUCUGUAGUUGUGGGAAAUGUUUCCUGGCUGGUGCAAUAUAUUGACAUUUUCCAGUCAGAGUGCGUUUAGUGAAGUGUUUCAUCAGUGAAGUGUUUCAUUAAAUAGAUAAUUUUUCUGCCAGGCAUUGAUUAGUGACAUUUUGUGGCAGCCAUUGAAUAGCAAAGAUUUCUGGCAGCCUUUUAAUAGCAAGGUAUUCCAGCAGCCAUUAAAUAGUGAGGUGUUCCUGCAGUCAUUGAAUAUAGAGGUUUUCCGGCAGUGGCAGCCAUUGAAUACCGAGGUGUUGCUGCCGUCAUGGAAUAGCGAGGUGUUCCUGCAGUCAUGGAAUAGCGAGGUGUUCUGUCAGCCAUGGAAUAGCGAGGUGUUCCUGCAGCCAUGGAAUAGCGAGGUGUUCUGUCAGCCAUGGAAUAGCGAGGUGUUCUGUCAGCCAUGGAAUAGCGAGGUGUUCUGUCAGCCAUUGAACAUCAAGGUUUUCCAGCAGAGACAGCCAUGAAAUAGUGAGGUGUUCUUGCAGUCAUGGAAUAGCGAGGUGUUCCUGCAGUCAUGGAAUAGCGAGGUGUUCUGUCAGCCAUGGAAUAGCGAGGUGUUCUGUCAGCCAUUGAACAUCAAGGUUUUCCAGCAGAGACAGCCAUGAAAUAGUAAGGUGUUCUUGCAGUCAUGGAAUAGCGAGGUGUUCAGUCAGCCAUUGAAUAGCGAGGUUUUCCAGCAGGCAUUACUUAGCGAGGUGUUCCGGCAACCAUUGAAUAUGAUAACAUUCCUGUAGAUGUGUAAAUGCACAGUUUUCUGUAGACGUGGAACUGCAUGGUUUUCUGGCUGGUGUUGAAUAGCAUGGCUUUCAGGCAUGAAUGUAAUAGAGAGGUUUUCAAGUGUAGCCGAACCUUAGUCCUAGCAGGGACUACACUCAAGGGACUACACUCCGCUGGUUUCUCCAACAUACACUCAAGAACAAGUUGAAUACUCCAAGGGAACAGCCAAACACAGUAAAAUUACUCCAGGAAUCUCCCACCUCCUCCCCAGCAACUGGACAACACUCAGCUCUGGGGGUAUAAAUCAUUUUAAUACGCAGCCUUUUAUGAGAAUCCCCAUGCAAGGGGUUUCCAAACACACAUUCCAGGAGCAUUCCCCACUGAACCUGAGAGAGUAGACUGAGACAAAAUACACAUUAACUCUCAGGUCCAGGACAUGUAUAAUAAUAAUCACCCCAAAACAUACAGUUCACCACAAGAUACCCCCUCAAGUCCUAUAUCCCCAGAUAGCCUGCCUCUGAGCGCCCAAUAAAUCCAAAAAGCAUUCAGAUCCCACAAAUGCAGCCGAAACGCCAGCGGGGUAUAAUUUAGACCGACCGCACACAAGGUGCCUGCCCAAAAAGCUUCCAUGAAAUUAGGCUGUGCGGUUGGUCUCUUUCGGGAGUAUCAAAUAGGCGAAAGACAAGGCAUGAACUGUUUGUGCAGACAUUCUUUCUGUGUAUCUUGUUUGGGAGUUUUCUCCCCCGAAUGCCACUCUGUUAGUCUGAAUCCCUAUGAACAUAACUGAGGGUGGAAGUCCCAGCGGUGUUCGUGCCAUUGAGUUUCCAAUUUUAGUUCCAUGCACUCGAUGACUCGUGGCUAAAGAUGGACACUGCCAUGUGUUCGCACAAACGAACAGCGGCCACCCAGCCGACCACUUGGAAUGUUCAGGUUAUAGUGGUUGGUGGAGGUGUGAACAGAGGUUACUGGGGUUAACGAGCAGCACAAUCCAUAUAUGGUUGGUCUGGCGUUCGGUAAUUUGUUCGGUGGUUGGACAAGCUGCUUUUAAUAUGCGAGGUAGCUGCUGUUUUCACGAACUGCCAGACGAACAGGGAAAAAAACAAGAUGAUCCAGGGACUAUGAGCACGAAACAUAGGAAAUAACAGGGGGGGGCAAGAUACGGACAGCCCAUAGCAGGAAUAAGGGUAACAGUCCAAGGUUCAUUCCGCUACAUCCAGCAAGUGUGCUACAGAAAGGCUUUCCUGUAGGAAUAGAAUAGAGAGGUUUUCUUGGAGGCGUGAAAGAUUUCUGGAUAAUGUGGCAUUAGAAUGAAUAGGGUUUCCAGGGGGUGCAGCUUUCCUGCGAUAGACAGAGUCUAUGAACCCAGAGUGCUAGUGAAAUUUAUGGUCUACAUAGUGAACCACCAGACCUUAUUCACGGGCUGUCAGGAGAAUACCUGCUUGAGACGUUUAUUGAGUGCUGUGUACAUGGUGUCUGCUUCCCAUUUGUCUCAUCAUUCUCUCAUUUCCAGCACGGGUCUGGAGGCCAUCAUGGAGACGUACGCUUUCUGGAGGCCACCCGUCCGCACUCUUACCUUUGAAGAUUUUACGACCAUGCAGAAGCAGCAAGGUGAGCUCCAGAUACAGGGAUUACAAUGGUCUGGAUUUUUUAUUUUUUUUACAUUUUCUAUAUUUUUUUUUCCAUCUGUCGGCCAGCUGAGGCUAUAAAACCAUGCUUUCAGUUAAGGAUGAAAAAAAAAAAAUACAGACAGAAUAAAAAGACGAAGAGGUGGUGAAAAGUGGAUUUAUUUGUCUUUUGGAGCAGCAAAGGGUUUACAUAACUGGAAUAUUGAUCGCCAAUAAACAGCACAUGAUUAGCCACAUCUGAAAAUGCCAGCUAGAUUUUUCCUCCACUCAGUCACAUACUGAUUGUAUAUCUAUGAAUUUAACCAAUGAAAAUAUUUCCUUAAUUUAAUAUGACAUCAUUUAUUUUAUCUAGGGCUGUCCCUUUAAUCUGAUCCUGUUUAUUUAAUCUGAUCCUGUCAACGUAAUCUGACCGUGCCUACGUAAUCUGAUCCUUUUCAUUUAAUCUGGUUAGGCGCAUUUAAUCUCACCCUGUCCACGUAAUCUGAUCCUGCCUACGUAAUCUGAUCCUGCCUACGUAAUCUGAUCCUGUCCACGUAAUCUGAUCCUGCCUACGUAAUCUGAUCCUGUCCACGUAAUCUGAUCCUGCCUACGUAAUCUGAUCUGUCCACGUAAUCUGAUCCUUUUCAUUUAAUCUGUUUAGGCCCAUUUAAUCUCACCCUGUCCACGUAAUCUGAUCCUGCCUACGUAAUCUGAUCCUGUCCACGUAAUCUGAUCCUUUUCAUUUAAUCUGUUUAGGCCCAUUUAAUCUCACCCUGUCCACGUAAUCUGAUCCUGUCCACGUAAUCUGAUCCUUUUCAUUUAAUCUGUUUAGGCCCAUUUAAUCUCACCCUGUCCCUUUAAUCUGAUACUGUCCACGUAAUCUGACCCUGUCCACGUGAUUUGAUCCUGUUUAAUUUGUUGCUGUGAACUCCCUCUCCCCCCAGAAAUGGAGCAUAAUAGGAAGGCGUUGAUGGCAGUGAGGGCUCAUUUAAAAGAAGGAGGGGAGAUCAAGCUUCCCUUUGCAGGCGCAGUACAAGGUGGGAAGGCAAGAAGGUGGUAUAGACAUUUGGCUAUAGAGAAUCUAUAUUCUUGAGUCCUGUUCCACCGUUCUGAAUUGUAAAAUAAAUUAUUAGACACGCUCGCUCUAUGCUCAGAGCAUUAGGACCCUGCAGAAAGCUCUGAAAAGGUGUUCCUUCUAUGGUCUGCCCUUUAGUGCCCAGCCUCCCUGAUUGGCAGGCAGCCUGGCAUGCAAUCCAAUACAGUCUGUCUCAUUUAGUUGUGUGGAUAAGGGUAUAUGUCUCAUUAAACUGCAUGAUAAAAGUUCUAUCUCAUGGAGUAGCUGGAAUAAAGGUGUCUGUCUCAUUAAACUGCUUGAUCAGUGGCUCUCAUUAACAGUCUCCCAAACGCCUCCAGGAGGCUGAAGUCAGUGAGAGUUGUGUUCCAGUAGUGUGGGGGUAGGCAAUCCAUGCUAUCGAGGUCUAUCCUUCAGAAUUCACUCAUACUGUGUGGAUAGUAAAGCUUGCACAUGAGGGUUUGUUAAUAUGAUUAUUUAAUUAGUUAACCAUUGGGAUUAGUUUCUCAGGCAGUGAUAUGGUUAAUGAGGCCUGGUAAGGCGCAGUCUCCUUGCAGGUGGAAAGCGAUCACUGACCUUCUCGGUCAAUUGGCUGUAGAUUGAGGACUCAUUUAUCCCAUGAUCAAGGGAGGUGAAAUAAGCAGCCGUCUCACCAUCACAUGCCCCACACCUGCCCGUCUGGCCUGGCACCCCACCGAGAGGGCACGAGAGCAGAGCAUUUACCUUAUACAAAGGGUAACGCGCUGGAUUUUAUAUGGAUAUAAUAGGAAAUGAGAAACAACGCAAUGUCACACAUGUGUUUAACUCUGUGAAGGGAAACAGCAUCCACCCGUCACUUCAUGUACGUAUCCCACAUGGACGGGUCGUAACAGGAAAGCCACCGGUCACUAAAAAUGGUUAUAGACCUAAAACAUAAUACCUGGCCCUUUCAUGUGCCUCAUGCUACAGGCAAGAAUGAAUAUAGAUAAUUAACCCCUAGUAAUCCAUGCUUCCUUGAUGAGCUUGUACAGGAGUUUACAAUAUAAAUAACCCAAGUAAGGUGUACGGUGUUGGGGUUAAGGGAUGUGGAAACUAGGAUGGAUCAGAUACUCCACAGUCUUACUUAAAGAUUCACACGUUUCCUUUUUGUGUCUUUGUUUCUAGGUGGAAGCACAGGGACAUCUCCUACCACUUCCAGCACUGGGACACCGUCUCCUUCCUCCCACCUGCUCUCCCCAUCAUGCUCACCACCUACCUUCCACCUGGCACCCAACUCCUUCAAUGUUGGCUGUAGAGAAAACCAGCUGUGCAACUUAAAUCUCUCAGAGUACCCGGCCUGUGCCAGGAGCAACAUGGCAGCUCUUCAGAACUACCCUGGACUGAGUGAUAGUGGAUACAACAGACUGCAGAGUGGAAACUCCUCUGCCCCUCAAGCCUCCGAGACCUUUAUGCCCCAGAGGACUUCAUCCUUGAUCUCUGGGAUGCCCACUUCAACAUCUCUACAAAACAACAGCAAAAUGGAAUCGUACGGUGGCCAGCUGGGGUCAUAUCCAAGUUCCCAGUUUCAGUAUGUGAUGCAGACGGGCAGCCCUUCCUCCAGCUCCUCAUCCUCACACAUGUUUGGUAGCAGCCACAUGCAGCAGAGCUCCUACAACGCAUUCUCUAUUCACAAUCCUUAUAAUCUGUAUGGAUACAACUUCCCAGCCUCUCCCCGCUUGGCGGCAAGCCCAGAAAAACUCGCUGCACCCCAAGGCACUUUACUCUGCUCUUCUCCAUCCAAUGUUGCUUUUGGGGACAGGCAGUACCUCUCCACUGGCAUGGAGGCGAUGCACAUGAUUGGAAGCCCUUCAGCCAAUCAGCAGGCAACAAACACCUGUGACAGCAGACAGUACGGCGCUGUCCCUGGCUCCUCACAGAUGUCUGUGCACAUGGUUUAAUUGAGGUGCGGUUGGUCAAAGAAAGACAUUCUGAACCAUACGUGCCUUAAAAGGACAAUAUCAGCCUGAGGAUUCUUGAUAGAAAUCCAGUUCUCACAUUUUGGGACAGCAAACAGAGCAAAAUACGUGCAGCAUUUAUAACGAGUAGUCACGUGGACUCGUUAAAUAGACUAAUUAUGUGUUACACUUUUUAGUGGCCUUGAUUGAUACCCAACAACUUCCUGAAGAAGCUUAACAAAUUGAUUAAUACUUUAAGGUUCCAACACUAUCCACCUCAUUGGGAAAGUUUAUCAAAUCUCCCCUUAAUACUUCCUCUACAGUUAGAUGAAGUUUUUGUUUUUGCACCAGUCUAAAACGUGGGAGACUUUGAUAAACUCAACUCACUGGGAUGGACAACCUUUUAGUAACGUAGGGUGGACAUUGAAACAUUAGUGUGUGGCUCGGGCGGGAUCCGCCAGUAGUGGUUUGUAUCAUGUUGAAUACUAUGAUGCCCAAUCAAAUAGUCUCCAUGAUAAAGCAUGAUCCAUCUAAGAGUGGCAUGGAAAAUGAGACUGUGCUCUCUCACCGCUGUAUUUGGCCAUUUUUACUUUGGAUAGUUGUAUGUUUGGGAUGAACUUGUGACUUUGUGUGUAGGAACGGCUGCUGGGAGAUCAGCGGAUGAAGAUUAGACAUUAUUGGCAAAUGAGGGAGAUAAAAUAUUCUGAUUUAUUUAGAAACCAUCGAGUGUACUGAAGUGGAAAGUGAGUUUAAAAUGUUUGGACAGUUAUCUGAGUUCAGGAGCUACUUAAUGUUGGGAAAAAAGUACAAAACACAUGCCUCAGGGGCACGGGGGCACCUGAUAAUUUGGAAAAUGUCAUUAACUCUUUCAGUGCUGAAAAAGAAGCUCUCUCCUCAUCACUUGAAGAGUUAAGAUUUUCUAUCACUAAAAUUAAAUUAUUUACAUGGAAAAUGAUGUUUCAACUGAUUAUAAAUAGAGGAUUGCAUUUAUAUAAAAUGUUCUAGGCAAUGGAGAAAUUAUUGAACAUGGAGAAAGAAAUGUUUGAUUUUUUACCAUUUUAUACCAAUCAGGGUCCGUCCUACCCUGACAUGGCUCCCACUGUAUGGUGAGCCUGCAUUGAGAGCAAACAGGUCAGGUUUAACAUGAAAAAUAUCAUCACAAGUACGUCUCUUCAUUGUCUAUAGUGAAACACCUUCUCUUCAUUCUUACUUUGAUAGGAAAUGUAGUCUCAUUCAUCCUUACUCUCCUCAUCCAUUCUCUGAUAGGAAAGUUCUCCCUUAAUGCAGUCACACUGCGCUAUGUCACACCCCAUUAUCUAUACGGUCUGCGCUAUGUCACCUCCCAUUAUCUAUACGGUCUGCGCUAUGUCACCUCCCAUUAUCUAUACGGUCUGCGCUAUGUCACCUCCCAUUAUCUAUACAGUCUGCGCUAUGUCACCUCCCAUUAUCUAUACAGUCUGCGCUAUGUCACCUCCCAUUAUCUAUAUGGUCUGCGCUAUGUCACCUCCCAUUAUCUAUACAUUCUGCGCUAUGUCACCUCCCAUUAUUUAUACGGUCUGCGCUAUGUCAUCUCCCAUUAUCUAUAUGGUCUGCGCUAUGUCACCUCCCAUUAUCUAUACGGUCUGCGCUAUGUCAUCUCCCAUUAUCUAUAUGGUCUGCGCUAUGUCACCUCCCAUUAUCUAUACAUUCUGCGCUAUGUCACCUCCCAUUAUUUAUAUGCGCUAUGUCACCUCCCAUUAUCUAUAUGGUCUGCGCUAUGUCACCUCCCAUUAUCUAUACGGUCUGCGCUAUGUCACCUCUAUGGUCUGUGCUAUGUCACCUCCCAUUAUCUAUACGGUCUGCGCUAUGUCAUCUCCCAUUAUCUAUCGGUCUGUGCUAUGUCACCUCCCAUUAUCUAUAUGGUCUGCGCUAUGUCACCUCCCAUUAUCUAU